AUGAAUCGCUACAUUUUUCUAAGUUUUAUUUUACUAGAAGUUUACAUGAUUCACUCAGCUUUCACGACACCACUGAAGGCAGAUGAAACUUGUAAUCAAUGCAAAAGCUCAGUAGAUUUUUUAAGAAAAGUAGCCGGAUGGGUGACUGUUGAUGGCCUCAUUGAAGCACAAAUUAGUUUGUUAUGUACAUCGACUGGAUUGAGCUCUGAAAAGUGCGCUGAGACAAUAGACGGUUUCUUUAAGGAUGAAAUAGCCUAUCUUCAGCAAACUUCAUCAGAAGCUAUUUGCACGAGCUAUGGAUUCUGCCAUUAA